ACUGCCCCACAUGCUCCACAAUUUUUGGUUGCCUUUUGCGGCUGAUUUGUCACUGCCUCUUAAAAUCAAGUUAAAGCCCUCCAUAUAUGAUAUUUAAACUAAAUACUAAGUAGCCAUGAGUGCCAGCGAGGAGUUCCAGACCUGGCUUAAUGACCAGCUGCGAAAAUUGAAUACGGACGAGAACGUCUUCGGCUCGUAUAUCAUUGGAAUUUUGGAAGGCGACGAGACGACAGAAGAGAAAACCGAAGCUCUCGAGGGAAUUCUUAGCGAAACAGGGUCCGCCAAUAUCGACGAACUGGUGGCCACAAUUCUCCAGAAAUGGCUGCAAAGCCAUCCCAGCGCCGAUGAUCCGCCGAAAAAAGGUUUGGACAUCGAUGUAAGUGCCCAGUUGGCCAAGUUGCUGGAGCAACAGAAGCUGCAACCCGCCGCCAACAAGGAAUACACGGAGGAGGAACGCCGCAUCAAGCAGCAAAUUUUGGCUCAAUACUCUCAGACUGCUGUUGCGAACGAGGACGAAGACGAUUCCCAGGAGGAAAGCGAAGAUGAAAGCGGAAUUUUGGCCAAGAACACCAACAAAUCGGAUGUGCAAGCAUUGGCCAAGGAAAAGCGAGAGCAGGCCAGGAUAGACAGUGCCGCCAAAAAGCAAAAAGAUAAAGAAGAUCGCGAAAAGCAAAAGCAACUGAGGGAGGAGAAGAAGGAAAAGCGGAAAACCGUGAAGGGAGAGCGACGUCGAUAGCCGCCCUCGAAUCGAAAUUUGUAGUCUCUUCCUGUAAAACCGAUUUAUAUAACUUUGUAAAGUACAUAACGCCCAUAUGCAAAAGCUGUUAGAAAUUUUUUUGGAUAUAUACGAUGUUUCCAUCAAAAUAAACUAUGAAAAUAGCCAAUAAUGUGUUGCAUAUAGGCGGUAUUUGCAUAAAAUGCAUAUAAGCGUUGUAUAAAUGUAUUAGAAAUUGAAACACCAAAGUUUUAAAUUGA